AUUGAUUGUAGCCCAUGAGAGUACGGUUUAUAAAUCGAAUGAAAUAAUUGAUUAUAUAGUACAAGGAGAUAUAUCAGCGGCAACAAAAUAUCGGAGAACUCUAUUCAGUGCAACAGCUGCAACAUACUCCAUAAAUGUAAAUAACACCACGUGCAUUUAAGUUUUUUCUUUUCUUUUUUCGUCGUCGUGUACGCGUAAAAGUACAGCUGAACUUACGUAUAACGCGUCCAGCGAUAAAAGAAAUUCAGUUAUAAAUCAGUGAGAAUUUUAGUAACAUUACAUUAUCAAUAUAUGGCGAGUAAGGAAGUCAUGGGGUCAUUUUAGGGUCAAAAGCCACCGAUGAAGAUAAGCCGAUUUCCCGUUGACGCAUCGCAACGUUCUUUCGAAGAUAUUCGAUCCAUUUAUACCAUCGAGUUUAGUGGUCAUCGACUAUCGAAUAAAGAAGACACAACUAUCAUCCGGUUUGCACCAGAGCUACGCUGCAAAUUGUAAUAACUGCUUCUCUUCUUCGGAACGUCUCCAGUUGCCCACGCUGACCUCCUCGUGUCGAGUAAAAAUAUUAGUGGCCAUCAUUCGUCAAAGAAACACACUAGGAAAACGAUAUUAGUAGGACAGACUGAGGAGUAACUUUAUAUUAAACGAAGUGAAGGAGGCUAGGAAGGAUACCCGGCGUAACGUGAAUAUCCUAAGAGAGAACACAUUUGUGCAGAUUCGCGGAGGAUCUUGUCAUACGGAAUCGAAACGGAGAGGAUUUAUUCGCGAAGGGAAUAAAAUGGUUCGAUCGGGAAGGCCGUUGGCCAUCACCGUCACCCUGGUCUACCUCUUGGCGCUCUUCGGUUCCUACUGCCGGAUGGCUCCAGCCGUAGCUGGUGCGGCCAGAGGAUGGACGCUGGGCAGCGGAUUGAAGUACAAAUUGACCACGACCCUUUUAUUCAAAGAAGCGGGCCCUCCGAGGGCCGGUGGUGACGUCGGUUUUCAACUGACCGGGGAAUUGGCCGUCACAGCGGUGUGGAAGGACCCUAACGACGCCGGCACCCUAUUGCUCAAGGUCGAGCUACUAUCGCCCCAGCUAUGGAUAAAGUCUCGAAAAGCCCCGGAACCCGAAGGUUUCAUCGAGCAUUCGUCACGUUUGGACGAUAUCUCGUCGAAGCCGGCCCUCGUACUCUGGCAGAAGGGCGAACUGAGCACCCUUUAUCUGGAUCCAUCGGACGACCCGUCUACCGCAAAUUUGAAACGCGGUCUGGUCAGUCUUUUUCAAUACCGAACAAUGGACGGUGAUUAUCACGAACGCGACGCAUCGGGGCUCUGCAACGUCACCUACGUGUCGGACGGUCCCCACAGUUUUGCGAAGGUGAAGAAAUUUUGCGAAAACAACUCGUUGCCCCCUAAGAAGCAACAUUCCAGUCCGGUAUUCGGCGUGAACGUCGACAGUCUUCGGAGAGCGGACUACGAACUGAUCUCCGGUCUUUUGCCGAAAAGUGUAAUCAACGAGGAGAGACACGAGAUGAGUCUCACCGCUAAACCGGAAGCCAGCACGGCGGUGAAUUCUCAACAGAUCCUGGAACUGAUUCCCGGGAAACUGGACGCCGCGCCGGUAGCCGCGGAUACCGUCGGGGAAGCCGUCGUUCUUUUGGAACCCGGUUUCAGAGAAGCCUCGAUAAGUCUUCAAGCAGAAACUCCCAGCUGUCCGGACGCCGGCUGCGCCACGCUCGACCAACUUCUGGAGCAGAAUCGCGCGGCUCUGGAGGAUUCGGCCCUUGGCACGGCGAAAUCCGCGCUGGCCUUCCUCAAACUUUUACCUCUAGUCAGAGAGGCCUCGCUCGAGGAUCUCGCAAAGUUAUUGAAAAGUCCACGUUACGGGGAAAUACGUUCGCAACUCUACGACGUCGUUGGAUCGGCGGCUACGCCGACGACGCACAAGGCGGCUAUGAAGUCCUUGAGGCAGGACGAAAAUGGCGACGACACGGAGAGGUACCUGUGGGCGUUAUCUAUGGCGCCUGUACCGCAUCCGGACGUCGCGAAGGACGUCCUCAAACGUUCCGAAGAAACGCAGGCGAACGAGAGACUCGCCGAAACUUUCGCCCUGACGGCGGCCGCCCUCGCUAGACAACUGGGUUCCUCGGCGGUGGUUAAAAACGCCCGAGUCAGUUUGGAGACCGGGCUGGAGACCUGUUCGGGGGAGGAAUGUAAAUUGCGCUUUCUCAGAGCGCUGAGAAACCUGCGAAGCAAAGCCGCGAUACCGAAGCUAUUGGAGUACGCGGUGAACGGAACCAAGGCAACGAGCGUUGCCGCGUGGCGGGCCCUCGGUAAUUUACGACGCGAUCAUCUCACGAGGGAAGUCAGAACGGCGGCGAAGAAGAUUUUCUUCCAAAUCGGAGGACCCAAAAGAGACAGCAGCGCGAGAACCCUCGCCCUGGACAUAAUACUCGAAACCAAACCGAGCACGGAAGAACUUCAGCAUCUCGUCGAAUACCUCGCCCAUCCGGAUCCGGCGUACGAGGUGCGUAGGUACCUCAGCCAGCGUUUGGAUCAGUUGGCGGAAAAGGACGAGAUCUUCGCGAGCAAUUUGAAGGCAGCCGCGAGGGCUGUGGCGAAGAAAAUCAACAACUACCACGUCGCCGCUCAGAAGGGAUUGAGCACGGCGUUCACCAGAUCGUUCCUCCAAUCCCCCGGUAGCAACGGAUCUCUGGUAACCAUCCAAGAAGUGCACUCCGGGCUCCUGAAGAGGGGCAUUGUGGACGUCGUAUUGGAGACCGGUCCGUAUUCCGAGCAGCUAUUCUCUCUGGGAUUGUUCGCCGGCGGUCUGGGCAGUUUCGUCUCGUCGUCGGACAACGACGUUGGCGAUUCACCGGCGGAGGACGAAGUAGCCACCGCGGGGAUGGAAAUCGCUCUGUUGGGCGUAGGAGUUCGUCCCUUCGUAUUUUUCUCCGGGCAAGGGGAACUCAUGGGUCACGUUUGGUCCGGUACAGCGUCCACGAGGACGUCGGCCUUCCAGACGCUCGCAGCCCUCCAUCACCACAAGGAAUCGAUUCCUUUGUCCUCCGGUUUCAUUGCCGAGAUCGACGCCGAGGGGGCGGUCAGUUUCGAUCUCGCCGGUCAGGUGCAGCUGAGUCUUUGGUCGAGGAACGCUCAGUCCCUCGUGGAAAUGGGGGCCGGGGUCGCGGUUCACGGGGCCUCCAGGGUCCUCUCGAACUUUGUCCGGAGCACGGCGGAGUUCACGCUCACCACCGAGCCGAAACUGGAACUUUCUACCGACCUUGAUUUUUCGGGUCCUAUAUCGCUUUGCAUGAGACUCACGCAGCCCCAAUCCACCGCCAGGCAUCACGUCUACAAGAUCGAAAGGAUACCGGGCAGUAGGCAUAAGUUGAGGAAAACAAGGAGAUCGCGGGUAUCGACGCCGGCAAAGUCUUAUCUCCUUAAUAGAAAAAAUAGUGAAAUGUGCUCCAAAGUGUUCGCCUAAAUGACUGAUAUCAGGUGAAUCGUAACACGAAGAUCGGGAUAUGAACGAUCGCAGUGUUUGGUUUUUUUUUUUCGUAUUUUCAAACUGUUGGAAAAAAUUGAGACGACGUCGAUGUAAUGUUAUAUUGUAAUAUUGUAUAAAGUCAAUAGCGAUCGGUCGGGGCGAGGAUUUGAGAGAAAAUCGGUAUCUAGAUCGGAUAUAUUUUAUAAUAAUAAUUAUUAUUAUUAUAUUAUUAUACGCGAGUACGUACGAUUUUGGUGAAACGUAUCUUCGUUGUAUUUUUGUACCAUAUAUAACUUAUGAUUAAUUAUGUUAAUUAAUUACGAA